AUGGCCCAACUCACGUGGUUAAUCACUGGCUGCUCUUCUGGCUUCGGCGAGCAUUUCGUUCACAAGAUUAUUGCCAGAGGCGACAAAAUCAUCGCCACGGCUCGAAAUCGACGCAAGAUAGAGCAUCUCAAAGAUACAGGUGCUGACGCCCUGCAGCUCGAUAUCACGGAUACCCAGGGCAACAUUGAUGCCGUCAUCGCCAAAGCUGUUUCGUUGUAUGGUCGGAUCGAUGUCUUGGUAAACAAUGCAGCGUACAUCGCAGCUGGGACAAUCGAAGAUCUUGAUUGUGAGCAGUUCUUGGAGCAGUUCAACACAAACCUUUUUGGUACAAUCAAGGUCACCAAAUCAGUUUUGCCUUACUUCCGAGAACAACAUCAUGGCAUGCUGGUAUUUAUCGGCUCACUAUCAGGUUGGAUAGGCCAUCCAGGUGUCGGAGCAUAUGCAAGUUCGAAGUUUGCUCUUGAGGGUCUUGCCGAGGCGGUACAUAAAGAGACCUGUGAUCUGGGUAUCAGGACGUUACUGGUUGAGCCUGGGAGAUUUCGUACCAACCUUCUUUCGCAAGAAAACCUGAAAUCCAUUGCUUCAGCUAUUCCAGAUUACUUGGAACUCUCCGAGGGCUUACUAACUCGUCUGAAGGAGCAGAACCAGACGCAGCCAGGAGACCCUCGAAAGCUGGUGGAUAUCAUCAUAGAUAUGGUACGCGAAGAGGGUGUUGCUAACGGAAGGGAAGUCCCCUUUAGGCUGCCUCUUGGGCUAGAUGUUUAUGACGAUAUGAAGGAUAAAUGCACUUCAACACUCAAAUUACUCCAAGACUGGCAGGACGUAAUUAGGAGCACGGAUUACGCGUAG